AUGGAAUUUAGAUCCAAAUCAUGCAGGGAUGAAAGUCUGCAGACAGAAAGCUACACUGGAGGCAAGGUGGCCCCAACAAGGAUGCAAGAUCUAAGGUGUUAUAGUGCAAAUUAUGCUGGUAUGGAGGUGAAGAUAGAGAAAGGGAAAAGCAGAGUUGGUAGAGCAUCAACAAGUUGGAGCUUGAAUGAUCCAGAGUUGCAGAGGAAGAAGAGAGUAGCUGGCUAUAAAAUAUAUGCUGUUGAGGGGAAAAUGAAAGGGUCUCUCAGGAAGAGUUUCAGGUGGAUCAAGAAUAGAUGCAACCAAGUUGUCUAUGGAUGGUGGUGA